UACGACACUUAUUUCUCCACAAAUAAAGAUACUAAACACUCGGAAGCUAGCUCAUCGACUAUGGAGUGGACUUGGCCGAAGAGUGUGUCGUCGAACCGGCAGAGGGUGAUGGAGGAGCUGGUUCAAGGUCGGGAGAUGGCUAACCAGCUUCGGGGGGUUCUCAGUGGUGACGUCAGAUCCGCGGAGGGUCUUGUUACGAAGAUCUUGGGGUCGCUCACCAACACCCUUCUUAUCUUGAGUGGGAGUCAAGAGCCUAAGGAGGAGCUCAUUUAUUCUCAGAUUCAAGCCAAUAGUAGUAAUAUAAGUGCUGUUACUGCUUCUGGUUCUGCUACUGCUGGCCCUGAUUCAUCGUCUUGGGAUUUAGUUCAUGACGAUGCUAUGAAGUCGGAGGAUUCCAAUGAAGAGAGUUGCAAGAGUACCGAAACGUUUAAGGAUCGCAGGGGUUCUUACAAGAGAAGAAAAACUUUACAUUCGUGGACCAAAGACACUCUGGAUUUAGUGGACGAUGGUCAUGCAUGGAGAAAGUACGGACAAAAGACGAUUCUAAAUACCACACAUCCAAGAAACUACUUCAGGUGCACUCAUAAGUUUGAUCAAGGCUGCAAGGCAACCAAACACGUUCAGAGGAUUAAAGACGAACCCCAACUCUUUCGGACCACAUACAUUGGCAAUCACACUUGCACCGGCUCUCUUAGAGAUCCUGAGCUCAUCUUGGAUUGUUCAAGUCGUCAAGAGACUUCCCAGAAUAUGAUCAGAUUCGACAGCACCGACAACGCUUUGUCCUGCAAACAAGAACAUCCCUUUUUCUCAGCCUUCACGUCGAUCAAAAAAGAGAGCGUCAAGGAAGAAGAGAUGAUCAAACCAAUUAGUGAUCACGAUCACAUGACCAACCACAACCGAUCUUCGUCGUCGUCUGAUUAUCUCAUGUCGUCGGGUCUAGGUGUGUUUGAGUCCUCCGGCGACCUCAACAGUGAGUUCUCCGGCGACCUCAACAGUGAGUUCUCUUCAACGGCCGUGUACGAUCACGAUGAUGUGAUUUCUAGGAUAAUGGGGGGAUGCUUCGACAUUGAAGUUGAUUUUUCAUAUGAAUUUUGACGAGAACGUACUUGUAUUUUGGGUACUUAAUGUGUAGGAAAAGUCAAAUUUUCAGUCUAUUAAUUUAAUCAGUACGUUGCUUUCUCAGUGUUAAGUAUUAUGUAAACACCUGACGGAUCAUUCAGAAAUAGAAGCACGUCAAGCAACAAAAUCAGUUUUUCUUUUCAUCUACUUGGAUGUUGUCUAUUUUUUAUAAGAGCUUGUAGCUCAAAGUGAUAAUUAUAAGAGCUCGAAGUGAAAUUCUUUUCAUCUAGCUACUUGGAUGAUGAUGUCU